GCAACUUUCCGCAUGGCUGAUGUUAUCAUGUCCAGUGUGCUUUCACUACUUUGCACAAUUGCACUAGGGCUCUGCAACAAAACACACUCGCAUACAGAUUGCUAAGAAAGCAAAGCAAGCAAGAGGCCGUCGAGUAGCUGCAAGUGCCCAAAGUUCAGUUCCUAGUCGAUCAUGGCGGAAGCAGCUGAAUUCGGGCCGGAGAAGAUGGCACUUAGCGCGGAGCUACUGAAGGCACUGACCGCCGGCGAUGCGGCCCGCUUGAAGCAGCUGUUGAGUGGUGCAGGCCGCCCGCAAGCAGAAGGCCAAGUCACGAUAAACGCCAACGGCGGCGGCGCGUCGCCGGUCGCAGUGUCGCCUUCGCGGGCAGGAGCAAGCUGCCUCCUCGGCGUGACGAGCAACGGGAACACGGCGCUGCACCUUGUCGCCAGCCGCGGCCACGCCGAGCUCGCCGCGCUGGUAUGCGAGAAGGAGCCCUCGCUCGUGGCCGCGCGCAACCGGAGCCUCGACACGGCGCUGCACUGCGCGGCGAAGGCCGGGCACGGGGAGGUUGCUGCCUGCCUCCUGUCGGCGAUGCGCGCCGGCGGGGAGGAUGCGGCGGCGGCGCUGCGGGCGAGGAACUGCCUCGGCGCCACCGCGCUGUACGAAGCAGUCCGGUACCGCCAUGUCGGUGUGGUGGAUCUGCUGAUGUCGGAGGCUCCCGAGCUGUCCGCGCUCCCGACCGAGGACGGCUCCUCGCCGCUGUACUUGGCAGCGGCGAUUCAGUCGCUGGAGAUGGUCAAGGCGAUUGUACGGCCGUCGCUAGACGGAACGACGUCACCCGCGUCGUAUUCUGGUCCGGAGGGACGGACUGCUUUGCAUGCUGCAACAUUUAAUACCCGAGGAAUCUCCCGAGAAAUAGCUCAAGAAAUUCUGAACUGGGAGCCUGAAGGUCCAGCUUUGCUUACCAAAGUUGAUUCAUCAGGGAGAACGCCUCUCCAUCUUGCAAUUAGGCAUAGCUCUGACAGUGUCAUUGAUCUGUUCCUUAACGUUCCUACAUCGGAAGAGCUAGCUCGCAUGUCAGACAACCAUGGCUCAUUUCCCGUUCAUGUUGCUGCUAUAGCCGGGAGAACGGCAGCCAUUGAUAAGCUCGCACAGAAAUGCCCGGACUUCUACGAAAUGGUUGACGCUCAAGGAAGAAAUUUGCUUCAUUGUGCUGUGCAGCAUAAUCAGUACACUUUGGUUCGCUACAUCUGCCAAAAUGACACCUUUUCUAUGCUCUUGAAUGCUGUGGAUUAUUAUGGAAAUACACCGCUCCAUUUAGCUGCUAAGUAUGGAUUUCCAGGGAUCGUCAGUUUACUACUCCAGACUAUGACUGUAAAAAGUUGCAUUGCCAAUAAGGACGGCCUAACUGCUCAAGACCUUGCAAUCCAUGAAUUAUUACCCAGACGUGAAGCCUACUACAUCCUGAGUCAACAAUACCUUACGCUCUCUUGUCUGAGAGAUUCGGGAGCAAUUGUUACUUUGGAUGGACUUUACAAUUAUCUUGCAAACGUGAAACCUGAGAUGGAAGAAGCAUCCAACGAAGAAGAUAAUUUGUCGAAAACCGGAACGAUUGGAUCCGUCCUGAUCGCUACCGUGGCUUUCGCAGCGGCCUUCACCGUGCCGGGGGGCUUUGUCGCCGAUGACCAUCCGAGCGCAGGGGCAGCGGUAAUGGCGAGACGGUUUGCUUUCAGAGCAUUUGCGGUUUCAGACACCCUAGCCCUCGUAUGCUCCGCUACAGCAACCUGCUUCUUUAUUUAUGCUGGCACAGGGGAAGUUGCGCCUGAUAAACGUAGACGAUACUCCCUCCUUCCCCGUUUAUAA